CUCUCGAAACCGCCACUUCUGAGGGGAUAGUUCACAAAGAGCUUUUUGACUUUUAAGGGUUAACAAAUCUGUUUGAUCAGUGUUUUAAAAUAUCUGAAUGAAACCACGGAAAUAUCUCGCCUUUUUUCCAUUUAUUAUGGAUUUGUAGACGAGGAAAGUUUUACAAGACGUUCAAUUGAGGGGAUUUUUGAGAAAGAAAGAAAUAAAGAAAACUUGUUUCUCUUUGCGAUAUCUGAACCAUAUUUCUGCAGAAGAAUCGUGAAGGUUGCAUCGCUCAGGUGGGCAUCCAAACAGAGAGCCUUUCAUCGACUGGAUUAUGGGAUGACAAGCCAAAGCAGUUUAUAAAGACAAGUAUUUAUGAAAUGAUCCCCUAAAGUGAAGAGGAAAUACUAUGAUGAGAGUGAGAUUUACCUGUGCGUAAUGGACACAUAACGAGGAGGAAACAUACAGCAGACAGGCUUGUUUUGCCGUAGCAAUGAUUGCAACGGGAGGGGUGAUCACGGGGCUUGCAGCAUUAAAAAGACAAGACUCCACCCGCUCUCAGUAUCAUCUGCCAUCCCAGAGCCCCACCCCUGCACCUGAGAAGAAAAGCGCUAAGCGUAAACCUCGAGCUGAUGUUGUGGUGGUGAGAGGGAAGAUCAGACUCUAUUCGGCAUCAGGGUUUUUUCUGGUUUUGGGAGUGCUGAUCCUAAUGGCAGGUAUUGCGAUGGCUGUUCUAGGAUACUGGCCUCACAAGGACCACCAGAAAGCACCAGAAAGCAAGUUCUUUGUGAAUAAUACAAAGGUUGGGCGAGAGCAGAUUGGCUCUUUGACACAAUUCUUUGAGCAGCACCUGCAUUCAGAGAAGAUGAAAAUGUUGGGUCCUUUCACUAUGGGAAUUGGGAUUUUUAUCUUUAUUUGCGCAAAUGCCAUCUUACAUGAGAACAGAGAUCGUGAGACCAAGAUUAUCCACAUGAGGGACAUGUACUCGACUGUCAUAGACAUACACAGUCUGCGGAUAAAGGAGCAGAAAUGUAUGAAUGGGGCCUACAUGGGUUCUUAUGCAGACACAGAGAUCCGUUCCUUCGGUCAGGACAGUCAUUUUUCCUCAAGGCUCGCAGCUAACACGCUAAUGUCCUUCUCUGGACUAGACAGUGAACUCCAAUUUUCCCACAGGUCCAGCUCUGAGGAUGAGGAGGGUCUAAUGAGUGAGGCCAAAGGUGGAUUAAGCCUGUUGUCACCUGCCUACAAAGACCAAACUGAAUCUUUCUUUGGGUUCCACUGUGAGAGCAAUCGACAGUGGGAGGGUAAGAGUGGUGCACUGAAGAAAUGUCAAACGCGGUCCAUAGUUUCCUCCUCCAUCAGCGCCUUCACUUUGCCUGUCAUCAAACUCAACAACUGUGUCAUCGAUGAGCCGGAUAUUGAAAGCAUCACUGAGGACUUGGAGCAGAACAGGGACCAUUCCAGACCUCCAUCAAUGGAAUCUUUAACAGUCCCUGUUCCUGACAUCACCAAAGCUUUCAAACGUCCCAGUGCCCAGCUUCUCCGGAGCAAUUCGGCAACAGAAUCCCCUAGCUCCACAUCUUCUCCUGAAUCCACCAGUGGUAGAUUCCUGUCACCGGGAGCUGCUCGUAAAGAUUUUGGUUCCAAUAACUCCCUCCACGUACUGUCAGCCCAUUCCAAAUCUCUGGAUUUAGAGAGAGAGUCCACAAUGCUGACUGUCCAUCCUGAACAAAGGAAACACCCUAGCUGGCCUAGACUGGACUGCAGUAAUAGUAAAGGAUACACUAAACUGGAGAACAAAGAGGACUAUAUGGACAGGCUAAUAGUGCCCCCAGUGGCCGUGAAGAAGGACUACACUAAAAAGGAGAAACUUCUUAUGAUCUCCAGGUCUCACAAUAACUUGAGCUUUGAGCAUGAUGAGUUUAUAAGCAGUAGUCUAAAGAGAGGCACCUCAGAGACCAGAUUUUAAAAUCGAAUUAAUCUCAAGGCGGUAAUAGCUAAUAGACACACAUAAGGCAAAUGUCUACACAACGACUUUUGAUUUUCAUACAGAGAGAGUAUGUGUUGUCUUUUAAAAUGUUUUGUUAAUUAACAUACAGCAAUCAUUGAACAGAACAAUAAGGCAGUUGUGCUGCUUUUUAUUUCACUGAAUUUCAGACGAAUGAGAUUUGCCAUCGUCAUUGUGCACGAAAUACAAAAUGUGACCAGUAAUGAUACAUAAAUGUGUGGGUAGCAAGCGACUCAAUAACCAAAUGGUUGCUUAAAGCUGUUAAAAUGUGUUUGUAUUAUCUUUGUUAACAUUCAGACAGGACCUAUUGUCUGUUUUGAGUGCAGUAUGUGUGUUGUACCAGAGCUAGUAGUUAUUUUACAAUGGGGGAUUUAAAUAAUUUAUUGUUUAAAACACACACUGCUAUUUUUGAUGAAAACUUAUCAAUGUAUAUAAUUUAUCUGUCUCUUAGAAUAAAGAUCACCCUU